AUGAGUUUCGCUGAACAAGAAUUGGAUUUAUUUGGGGAAGAGUACGAAGAAGAGGAUGGCAAUAAUGGUGCUCGCCGAUCAUCCCCGUCCUCCUCACAAUCAUCAUCGUCGUCUUCUGGCUCAUCUUCGUCAUCUUCAUCAUCAGCCGCAGCUUCAUCUUCUUCAGACGGCAGUGAUGGCGAAGAGAGCGAUGGAGGACGCGGCGCUGGAGGCAGUAGGAGCGCCAGCAGUGGAGGGGAAGAGGAGGGUGUUAGAGAAGUGGAAAAUAAUAAUCAGUAUUAUAGUAAUUAUAAUGACAAUAACCGUGAAAGGGGUUAUGAUAUCUACGAAGAAGAAGAAGAAGAAGAGAGAGAUCUUUUUGGUUCUGAUAAUGAAGAUUAUGUUAAAACCACUGUUACUAGUCCUUACCCUAUUCCUGUGUUGCCUGCCAUACGCCAUCCACACAAUCCGGGUAGGGGGAACUUUGGACGUGGUCGUUGGCAUAAUAAUAGAGGAGCAGGCCUCCUUCCCCGGCCAGGAUUUCCACCCAGGCAGGGUUAUGGCUAUGGUUCAAAAUUUGCAAAUGGUCAUCGUGAUGAAAGAUUUGUUUCUGAACUGAAGUUUUCCAAGAGUGAUGAAACAUUAUCGAGAAAAUGUGUUGCCUUUCAGGAGCCAUGUGAACUUGCCUGCUAUAGUCGAAUUGAGGGUGGGGAUGUCUGCUUUGAUGAUCGCAGCUUGAGACUUUUCAAGCGUCUUAUUUCAGAAGAUGUUGGAGCUGAUCUGAAUGAAGGCUUUGAUACUUUUAUUGAGAAAAGGGAUUUGGGCUCCCAGGGUUUUGGUGACCUUCUGGCAUGCAUAAGAGACAAAAACAUUCCACUUCAAAAUAUGCAUUUUGUGACUUUCCGCAAUAACCUUAACAAGAUACUGACAACUGCUUAUAUGCGACAUGAACCUUGGGAAAUGGGGGUGCACAAAAGGAAUGGAGUUGUCUAUCUUGAUGUGCAUAAACUACCAGAAAGGCCGCAAAGUGAGUUGGAGCGUAGAAGAUGCUAUUGGGGAUAUUGCUUUGAGAGUCUUGCCACUGAAGAUCCAAGGAGAGCUGAUGGAGAAGGGAUACAUCAUGUUGAUGCCAACGUUGAAUAUUGUUCUGUGAUUAAAACCAAAUUAGGGGCUCAUCGUAUUCUGAUGGGUGCUGAAAUGGAUUGUUGUGAUUCAACUGAUAGUGGGAGGAGGUUUUAUGUGGAGUUGAAGACUAACCGCGAGAUAGAUAAUUAUCAUCAAGAGGAAAGAUUCGAGAAAGAGAAACUGCUGAAGUGUUGGAUUCAAGCUUUUUUAGCAGGUGUUCCUUAUAUCGUUAUUGGAUAUAGGGAUGAUGCAGGCCGACUUGUCCGCACGGAGAGGCUAACAACCAAGGAUAUAACACAGAGAGUAAAAAUGAAAAACUACUGGCAGGGAGGUGUGUGCCUAGCGUUUGCUGAUGAGGUAUUAUGCUGGCUUUAUGGGACAGUAAAAGAAAAUGAAGAUUACAUAUUGCAGUUUGCUCCGCCUUUCACACGUUUAGAGCUUCUACAAGCCCAAUCUUGCCCUGAUGCCAUCACCAACCAUUACAACUAUGGCUUCAUAUCUGAUCAGGUGACGUGUCGGUGUUCUUUUAUCCGACAACAAAACACCGACUUCAACGAGCAAAAAAGACAGACACUUGAGAAAGAGAGAGGAGAGAAACAAAUCAGAAAGAAAUUCAUUUAUCAGAAACAAAAGAAAGGAAAAAUGCAGCAGCAGCCAGAGCAGGGAAAAGAAGUGAGGAAAGAAGCAAUGGAGAGCAUGACAGAGAGGCUCUCUUUAUUGGAGGACCUCUAUUUCCCUCGCGCUUUACAAUCUGACGCCACUAAUCCCUCUCAACGCAAGUCUCUCCUCCUCGACCUCCUCUCUCGCGAUGCCGCCGUUUUCUUAGAGAGAUACGGAGCACAAUUGAACUCUGAGGAGCUACGGGAAUUUGAUAUACUGAACGAGGACUAUGAGAUAAACUGGCACCUGAAAAAUCUUAGAACCAAGAUGAGUCCGACUUUGGAGGAAUUGAAGUCGAGGUCUGUGACGGUGAAGAACCGGAGAUUGGCUUACUUGGAUAAACUGAUACUUGAUGGGAAGUACUUCUCAGAGGAUGCAAUGAGGGAGAGAGAGCCGUAUUUGCAUCAUGAGUUUGUUGGCAAGUUUCAGGAUCCAACCGCUAGGGGAAUGGCGAGGCCAGGAGAGAGGUGGUCGGAGACGUUGAUGAGGAGGUGUGAGGAAGCCAUUUUGAUUUCCAAGAUUAGGGAGGAGCAGCAGAGGUUGGGUGUGGAUGAGAUGGAAUGGGUGGGUAAUGAGAGGAACCAACAGCAACAAGAGGAGGAGGAGGAGGAGGAGGAAGAGGAAGAAGAAAGUGAUGAGGAAGAGGGGAAUGAAGAAGCAAAGAAGGUUAACGGUGGUGUGAGUUCCACUGAGAUGCCAGAAGAGAACAAGCAUGCUCAAUCAAGUAAGGCAGAGGAUAAUGUGGUGGCAACUUUAUCGGCUGAAGAGAUGGGAGAUAUGAUGGACCAUUUUACCUAUAUCAUGCACCAAAAGUUCCUUGCUGGGGAAGAUCAUCAGCACUUAGAUUACUCAAAAAUAGAUGAGGAUGAGACCUUGGAUGAUCACUGGGUGAGGGAAGCGAACCAUGAUGCCGAGGAUAAGUAUUUUGCUGAAGAUGAAAAGGAUGGCUCCGAUGAUUUUGUGGAGCUGCACUAA